AUGCUCUCCCUUCUCGCCAUAUCAGUGGCAGCUCUGGCCUCGGCCCAGGCUACACUGGCCGCCGCAACGCCCGUGGAUCCCUACAUUGGGACGAUCGACAGGCGAUCUAGCGGCUACGUCAACGCCGUCUACUUCACGAAUUGGGGCGUUUAUGGCCGCAACUACCAGCCCACGGACCUUCCUGCAUCCCAGAUCUCGCACGUUCUCUAUUCUUUCAUGAACGUUCAGUCUGACGGAACGGUCGUCUCUGGCGACACCUAUGCCGACAUCGAGAAGCACUACCCUGGAGAUUCUUGGAAUGACCAAGGCAAAAAUAUCUAUGGUUGCGUCAAGCAGCUUUACCUUCUGAAGAAGGCGAACCGACACAUGAAAGUGAUGCUUUCGAUCGGUGGCUGGACCUGGUCUACCAACUUCCCAUCUGCUUCCUCGUCUGACUCGGCCCGUUCCAAUUUCGCCAAGACUGCGGUCAAUCUGGUCAAGGACUGGGGCUUUGACGGCAUCGACAUUGAUUGGGAGUACCCGGCCAACGACGACGAGGCUCGCAACAUGAUCUCCCUGCUCCAAGCCGUGCGCGACGAGCUUGACGCCUACGCCGCCCGGGCGGCCAAUGGCCACCACUUUGAGCUUUCCAUUGCUGCCCCUGCCGGGCCCAAGCACUACGAAAAACUCCAUAUGAAGGACAUUGGCAGGUUGGUCGAUCACGUUAACCUCAUGGCAUAUGAUUAUGCCGGCUCCUGGGACAACACUACCGGCCACGCGGCAAACAUUUUCGCCAACCCACAGAACUCAGUGACCACCAAGUACAACACAGAGGAUGCUGUCAAUGCCUACGUUGGGGGCGGUGUUCCCGGGAGCAAGAUGGUUCUCGGCAUGCCCCUCUACGGCCGAUCGUUUGAGUCAACGGACGGACUCGGCUCGACGUUCGGCGGCGUCGGUAGUGGAAGCUUCGAGAAUGGCAUCUGGGACUACAAGGUACUCCCCAAGGCGGGUGCCAGCUUGCAAUACGACAGCGUCGCCAAGGCGUCCUGGACCUACGACUCGGGCAGUCGCGAGCUCAUAUCGUUCGACACACCCGACAUGGUCAAGGAGAAGGUCUCGUACCUCAAAAAUAAGAGCAUGGCAGGUAGCAUGUUCUGGGAAGCUUCCGGGGACCGCAAAGACGGCGGCUCGCUCAUCUCCACCAGCGUCAAUGCCCUCGGUGGCCUCGAUACGACCGAGAACUGGCUCAGCUACCCCGAGUCACAGUACGAGAACAUGAAGAAGGGCAUGUGA